AGUUGAAAGACAGAACUUGUUUGUUUUCUUGACUGAAUCAUUGCAGUUUCACGCCCUAGACUCAUACUUGAUUGAGAAUGCCAGGCAUUCAUGAUCUGGACUGGCCUCCUUCGGGUCAAAAACCUACUUCCUCUUCCCAUGCUUUUUCUCAGCUACAUGACAAAACGCUUUAUACUUUCUCCAGUCAUGCUGGUCUGGAAGCUGAUGGUGUGGAGGAGAGACAUAGUGUCAACCAUGAAUCAGAUGAAGACGCAGAUGGGCAGGCAACAGAUCCAUCCAGGACUAAGCCCAAGGACACUGAAUUAUUUGACUUGGAUAGUCAGACUCGGAACAUGUACUUUGAUGAUAAAGCAAGGAAAAUAGACUUCAUUUUAGCAUGGUCAAUAAAACCCAACAAAAAGAGCAUUGAAGCACAGAGAGCAAGAGAGUUGUUUGAGAACAACCUGAAACAGGAGGGGCUAGAGCUGGAGUAUGAUAAGAAAGGUGAUGAGAUACAUUAUGCUAAAAUCCAUGCACCAUAUGAGGUCUUGAGAAGGUAUGCUGACAUUCUGAAGCUGCGUCUACCCAUGAAGCAGAAACUAGCCAGCCAACAUGGAAAGAAGUUCGAGGAUUUACAGAGUCCUGUACAAGCUGUGUCCACUAGACUCUGGGGGGCAGCAGGCCGCUUCUUUAAGAGGCUUAUGAGGCCCUUUGAGGUGGAUCGUGAAAAAGUGCCGCCUAUCAAGCGGACAUACACCUGUCCAUAUUCAUCAGACAAAGAAUAUUUGUUUGAAAUUCCAGAGGACAAAGAGAGUUUGUUUACAAAUGCAUGCCGCAGCUGGAUUGUUGACUUUAUCUUAAGACGUAAAAGUUUUUCAGAGGAUAAACAGAAAGCAUAUUCCUUUGGAGUGAAGAAAAUGAUUUCUGACGGAUAUUAUACUGCUGCCUUUCCAUUGCAUGAGGGCCAUUGGAAGCCAGGAUCUGCAGACAAUGAGCGCAAACUGUUGUUUGACCACUGGGCAUGGUGGAAGAACUGUUUCAAGUUCCAGCCACUGGAUUAUGUCAGACACUACUAUGGAGAAAAAAUUGGGCUGUACUUUGCCUGGCUCGGCUUCUACACAGCCAUGCUUGUGCCGGCCUCUUUUGUUGGUCUGGUUGUCUUUUUCUACGGGUUGGCAAUCCGCUACACAAAUGUUGCCAGUAAGGAACUGUGUGAUACAAAUGUCAACAUCACGAUGUGUCCUUUGUGUGACACUCAGUGUCCAUACUGGUUCCUUCAUGAAGCCUGCUCACAUGCCGCUGCUAGUCGGAUCUUUGACAAUGGAGCCACCGUCUUUUUUGCCAUCUUCAUGUCUCUGUGGGGAACUUUGUUCUUAGAGUUCUGGAAGAGAAAUGAAGCUACUAUUCAGUAUAAAUGGGACCUGACCAACUUUGUAUCAGAAGAGGAACCUCCACGGCCAGAGUACCUUUCUAAACUGGAGGACUGGAACACCAUGAAAGUAAAUCCAGUAACUGGGCUGAAAGAGCCCCACCUACCAUUCUGGCGUCGAAGAGUGCCGGUCUUUCUAUGUUCCUAUGCGGUCAUGCUGUUUCUGGCAGCUGUAGCCAUUGUUUCUGUGGUUGGAGUCAUAGCAUACCGCGUGUCAAUGCUGGCCGCACUGCAGCUAAUUCCUGAUGUUAUUGUGACUGCCAACUCUAGCAACAUCAAAGCUCUGACAGUGGACCUUGUGUACCAGAAUGCCAGUCUUGUAACCACAGUAACAGCUGCACUCAUUAACUUGGUCAUCAUUAUCGUUCUCAACUUUGUAAGUGUUACCUUCGCAUUCUGGCUCACAGACUGGGAAUGUCUUCGUACUCAGAGUGAAUAUGACAAUAGUAUCACCAUCAAACUGUUUGCCCUUCAGUUUGUCAACUACUUUUCCUCCAUUGUCUACAUCGCCUUUUUCAAAGGAAGGUUUGUCGGUCGACCAGGCAGGUACAACACCAUUUUUGGAGCUCGUCAAGAGGAGUGCGAGGCUGGGGGAUGUCUGAUAGAGCUGUGUAUCCAGUUGGCCAUCAUCAUGGUGGGCAAGCAGCUCAUUCAGAACAAUCUUAUUGAAAUUGGCCUCCCAAAGCUGAUCAAACUACUCAAGCGAAAAUGUUCCAAAGAGACAAGAGAGCAGAAGCUUGCUCAUACACCAUGGGAAAAGGAUUACAAACUGGAGCCUGCAGCCAACACUUCCCUCUUUUACGAGUACUUGGAAAUGGUGCUGCAGUUUGGUUUCUUGACAAUCUUUUGUGCUGCAUUUCCACUGGCCCCAUUGUUUGCGCUUCUCAACAACAUCAUUGAAAUCCGUGUGGAUGCCAGCAAGUUUAUCACACAGCUGAGACGGCCCAUUGCAGAGCGAGCAGCCACCAUUGGAAUCUGGUACAGUGUCUUGUAUGGAAUCUCACGGAUUGCUAUCAUCAGUAAUGCAUUUAUCAUUGCUUUAACGUCAGACUUCAUCCCUCGCCUGGUCUAUGAGAUGCGCUACAGUCCAGACCAGUCUCUUUCUGGCUAUGUCAACUUCUCCUUGGCCAUUUUUAACACGUCAGAUUUUGAACGCAAUCACCAGCCUGCACCUGCUUUACGUGGAGACAUCCAGGUGUGCAGAUACAGAGAUUUCCGCAAUCCGCCAUGGCAUGAAAAUAAGUAUGAGUAUUCAGAUGUCUUCUGGCAUGUUCUGGCCGCUCGCUUGGCCUUUGUAGUUGUAUUUGAGAAUGUGGUUGUGGUGGUUACAAGCCUGAUUGCCUGGCUUAUCCCUGAUGUUCCCACACCUCUUAAGGAGCAGAUUCGAAGGGAGGCUUACAUCACUAGUGAAAUCGUCCUUCGCACUGAACUGAACCGUGCUAGAGGUGAAGAUGUUAUUGUCAACAGCCAGAAUGGUAGUGGUGAUGGUUCAGGUUAUAACUCUGCCAGAUAUUCACCGCAUAACAGUGAAGACAUGGACAGGAAGAUAAGACACCGGCAGAAAGCAGAUGACCGAGGUGAUGAAAAGAGCUAUGUAUAAGCCAGGAUACAUUUGUCUUUAUCAUCAUUGAAACACAAAAACAAAUCAAACAUGUUUUGUCGUAUGCUUUUAACAUGCUGGAUCCAGGGAUUUUUCAUCGAACUCCUGACCAGUGUUGUAACAGCAGAAACUUCAAUUUACUUGUAAGUAGCUAGAGCAGCAUAUUAAGCAUUUUAUGAGCAGGUGUCUUUAGUAUCAAAUGCUGCUUACAGAUUUAAUGGUAAGCAAAUCUUACAAUGAAAUGCUAAUGACUAGGAUUUGCAGUGAGCCGUGUAAGAUCUUUUACUUAUUGGUAUAAUUUUGAAAGAAAAAAAAUGGCAUCUUCAAGCAUUUGCUCUCGAUCAAGUAGUGGCACUCUAUUGUGCAACAAAUACUUUACAACCUGUACAGUGGAGUUGAAUGUCAACAAGACACCGACUGACCUCUCCUUUGUAUUUACAUUAUGGAGUAUUCUUAUCAACAUCUAUUUUUCAUUGACACACUUCAGGAAUAGUCAGAUGCAUGCUGUAUAUUAUAUACUUUGAAUACCCAUUUUCAUGUCAUCAAUGAAGAUAUAUAUUUUGUUUCAUUUUCUGUGUGUGCUUGGGUGUGCAUUUGUGUGAAAGCCAUUAGAUACUUUUAUUAGAUGCUUGCUGUCCUUUUAUGUUUGGAAUGGUGUCUCCAAACUUGUGUGCAAAAGCAUGCAUCUUGCUGUGAUGAGCGACCAGCAAGUCAAUGAAUGGUUCAUGAACAAGUGCUGACAAGUUGCACAUCAGGGGUUAUCAAAUGCAUAAUGUCAAGACAAAUAUUUUCUGUCUUAGAAGCUUCAGCUAAACAGUUUCAAAAAAAAGACUUGCUCUUGAAGACUUAGACCUCAUAUUGAUAACUGUAUUGCAUAGAUGUACAAUAGGUUUUCUACCAUAAACACUGACCUUUGUCCAUUUGUCCACACUUUUCAGGUAUCACCUGAUAUCUCAUCAGACUUUGAGCAAUUCUCUUUGAUGUCUUUUAUCUUCUCUGUUCAUUUCAUUUUCAUCCCUUUGUUUUCUACAUUUCAAAUAUUUCAUAUAAUAAUAAUUUCUUGUGCCAUGUAAAAGAUGGAAUAAUCUAAGCUAGUGUUAUGCUUAGAGUCUGUAUUUUAUCACUGUGAUGAGAACAGAAAAUAUUUCAGGCAAGUUAUAAUAUUGUACACUUUUGUUAAGAAAAUAAUGGUAUUCUUUUGUGUAAUAGAUACAGACUUUGAGAGUGUCAUACCUUUAGGUGACUCAUUGCUGUCACAAGCAGAAGAAAAAAUGGAACAUAGUCUAAUUCAUUCUUAGACUCCUUUCUAAACAAUGUCCAAGACUGGAACACAGCCAUUAUCUACCUCUGGCUUCUUCCAUGAUUAACAACUAAAGUAGUUGUAUGCUUUCUGAAAUUUUGUCUUGGGAGGGUGGGAAAGAUAGGUGCCUUCAUGUUCUUAUGGUAAUCGAAAGUGUUUCAGGCAAUGUUGUACUUUUUUGUUGAUUUUAGCAAAGACUAAUAAUUCUAGCCUUAAAUAAUAGGCAAAAAGAAAAUGCUGAGGUGAGUAGUGUUGGUUAGCCUAGCUGGACCAGCGCAUGGUGUUUAGGUUAUUUACUAAAUGAUUAUUUAAUGACUAUUGCACAUUUGCAAAAUAAUAUGUGCAAAGACUCUAUUCUGAAAAAUUGAAGAUUUUAAUUUAUUUUAUCCAUGAUGAGAGAUUUUUGCAAAUGGCUGUUUUAUGAGGCUUGUGUUUGAACACCAUAUCGCUGUAAUAUAUGUUAUUAUAAGAGUAAUAUUUUUGAUAAACAAUGCACAUGAAAUUUAGUGAACUGUAACAACUUGCAAAUGGUAUUAACAGUUCACAUUUUUGGCAGUGUGAAUACACAUUCAUAUCAUAUAUUGUAAUUUGAUAUAUAAUAUAUAUUGCUGCUCAAUUGUCAUCACAGCCAUAAACAUUUCCGCUUUAUGAUAUUCUAACAUAAUUACUGUUUUUUGCAUGUUGGAUUCAGGUACCUUGCACUCUAUGUGUUACAGAAUUUGUCAUCGAAGUUCUGUUAUUUUGUAGAGUUCAUAUUAGCAGAAAAUGAUGUAUGGGAUUUGACCAGUGACAAAACAUAAGUGCCUGGAUGAGAUUUUAUUUGCACCAGCAUCUUUGGGCAAAGCACCUUUGAUUGUAUAUCUUCUCUCCACAACGUUGUUGGUGGUGGGGGUGGGGUUUUUUCCCUUCUUUUUUGAGGCAUCUGUAAUUUUUUUUUUUUUAAACUUAAAGAGAUUUUUGAGAAUUGUAGAAGUCUGUGUUGAUAUUUAUCUUUAUAUUUCAACCAUUUUUACCAUUGGUUUCUUUUUUGUGAUCACUUACAGAUUAUAUUUGUUACACAGACAUGAAUUUAACUCCUAGAUCUGUCCAGACCCAAUUUUUGUCAAGUGGUGCCAUAAUAUGCAGUUUCAUGGAAAGCAAUGUAUGUGUGUGUAGAUAUUUGGUGGAACCUCCUUUUCUGUUUUCUGCAUUUAGAAAUACUGUUCCAUUAUUUUUAAAGUAGCAUUUUAACUUGUGGUUUUUGCAAUUUUAUUCAUGUUCUUUAUAUGUCUGUCUACCUUUGUCUUUUAUUUCUCUACUUUCACUUCCAUUUUGCCUUCCAGCAAUGCUUAUUAACAGCAUUUAGAUGACAUGGUUAACAUUAUAAAUGAGAUUAAACUUGUUCACUAGCACAUCUACGAUCACAAAGGCUUCUGCAGCUAAGUUCUUUCAUAGUUUUAUGGUAUAUUAUUGUUUUUUCUGUGUGUACUUAAUGAACUAUACUGCUUACUUUUGCCAUUCAGAGUGUUUUUAAAAUUCUCUCCUCUGGCAGCCUGCAAAAAUGCUCAUUUCUUUGUAGAUGUAUGACCUAAAUAUUUAUCCUCAAGACUCAUCACAUUUGAGAGAUCACUUUUGUGUUUUCUUUGGUAAAUAUUUUGUUGGUGUGUAGUACAAAUUGUUACAUUUUUUUAAUGUGGUUUUGAAAGUAAGAGAACAGAGUGUGUGGGUUUGUGUGCUUGUGUGUACAUUGAUUCUGUGAUGGUUUUUAUGGAGCAGGACAUGCCUUGCAUUUUGAGGAGAUAGAAUUCAUUCUUAUUCCAUGUGUAAUUGACUUCUUACAUUGCUAUACAUGUGUAGUCCAAGUACCACAAAAAGUAAGCUUCAUUUUUUUUCUUUUUUUUUUUUUUUUUUCUUUUUUUUUUUUGCAAAGUUAAUUAUAAUUGUUACUGGCUUGUCUGUAGCCAUAUCUGUCAUUUUCUGUUUUUAUAACAGUAUAUCUAAAGAAGACCUUUUAAUUCAAACGUUAGCAAGGCAGAAAGUUGGUGUUUCAAAAUCUUUUAACUGCUGUUUUCAUGAUCUAAGUCUAAGUUACAGCAAAAGUCCAUUUUUCAACUAUGGUGGCUGCAAGAAACUUCAUAAAUUCUUUCUGCACUGAUGUUGAAAAUAUUGAUUUUUCAGAGUUUGAUAAUUUUGGUUAAGGACAAGAUGUGGUCUAAAGAGUGGUACAUGAUUUUUUCACAAUUGUUGAAAUGUUGUGCAGUCCUCCACCUGCCUUUUACUUGUACCAGUGAAAUAGUUUUAGAAAAGGAGCAGGAAGCGCCAGUUUUGGACAGCUAUUAGCGUCUGCUGGUUCUCAUCAUUAUAUUGGUGAAACAUUUUGGUAGAUUGACAUCUGUUUGCCAAUCGAAAUUUGUAGGAUUAGUGGUGUGAUAUAUAUGUGUGUAUGACAUCUUGAAUAUGUACUUAAGAAAUCUAUUAUGUUAAGCAGAACCUUUAUCGUUAAAGGCUAUGAUCCAGCUUGUCCACAUAUUCUUUUAAUAUGCAUGCUCAUUGAAAUAAUAAUUGUUAAAGAUUUUUAAUAAGAACUCCAAGCAGAGAGGAUCCAUUUUGAGAAAUAUUAGAAAUCUAUAUUGAAUGAAAGUAGUUUGAUAUUUGUCAUUUUGCUGAUAAUAAUUGCAGGGCAAUGCCAAUGGAUAUGAGAGGGCAGAAUGGUCUUUAGUUUUAGUCUUUUGUAAAUGUUCUUGACAUUAAGUCAAUCAUUACUUCACGGAUUUUUUUUUUUUAAUGGAAAAAAAUUAGUGUUAAUUAGUUUUCAGCUUGUUAGCAGCAUGGCGUGCAAUAUGGCUCUUUUAUUCUUGGCAAUUGAUCCUUUACAGUAAUUAGUUGUAUCCUUUUCUUGUUGAGCAAGCCAAAAGUUAUGGAUUUCCUGCCUGUGUGUGUUACAGUAACUCAGAAUAACAUUUGUGGUGUUUUACACUUUUUAAACGUCUCCAAACAUUAAAUAUUAUUUUUGAAAUUGAGGCAAUAGGACUGAGGAGUCCACUAGAGAAAGGUUUUUAUUAUAAGUUAUUUCAUCUGAUUAUCAUGUAAUGCGAGUGAAAGUGAGACAUUUUUCUACUUUCUGCACAAAAGCGCGUUUGUUUGGCUUUUUUUAAAAAAUCUUUUUAUAUAUAUACUUUGAUCACAAGAAUGUCUCUAUGGCAACUUUAUACUCUACUCGCCGGUGAAGAAUCGCACCCAACCAUCUGCUAGCGCAAAGUGGUCGCUGUAGUUGUCAGAUCACCUACAGGCCCCCGCUACCUGACAUUUAGCGGCCAUGGUGAUGAAGGCACAGGAAGGCCAUCUUUCUUACAUUUUGUACAUAGCUGGAUAGGUGUCGAUCACAUUUAAUAUUUACAGAGCUGUUGCUUUUUUUUAUAGAUACACAUCUGCUGUUUGUGACGAAUGUAGAUGUGCAAUUUCAAACGUCCGUGAUAUUCCGCAGCUUGCAAUUAUACAUUAGUGCUUAUAAUUUUUAAAAUAGGAUGCUUUAUAGCAAGUAUAAAAAUAUUUUUAUGUAGUUAUUUUAUAUGCAAUGGUGUGAAUUUUACAACUUUCUGAUGCUCUUGGGCAUUGUGAACAAGCACGAGAGACAGGAGGAUCGUUAUUUAGGUACAGUUAACUGUUUUGAGUGACUUAAUGCCAUUUUUUUAAUGUAUUCAUUCCCGAGUACUCAAAACCUGCAUGAACGCCUCCUUUACGCCUGCGUGGCAUUGGAUGUGAUGACGAUGAAUAAAACAUUCUUAAAGAGCA